CGGCCGCCCCCCGCGCCCGCCGCAGUCGCCGCUCGACAGUCUCGCUCGCAGCACGGGACAGACGCCAUGCACGCCGCCUCCGUCUGACGUACUCCUCGCGACCGUGUGUGUAGUGCUAUCGUGAGCCAGCAGCGACGCGAGUGCAUUCCGCGCAGUGCCACGUGCCCCGGAGCAGCAGCCCAGUGCCCCAGUGCCCCAACGCCCGUGCCCCCAGCGCUAUAGCGCCGGCUCUCCGCUCUCUCGGAUCAGCUGACCGGCUCGUCGCCGGCACCGGCUGGCCGUCCGCUAGCCAGCGCGCGAGCACCGGCAGUUGUCGUUCGGCGGCGGUCGCGGGCGCGGUGACGGUCGCGGGCGGCGCGCGUAUGGCGAGCGCGGGCGCGCAGUACCGCGGAGGGCAGCAGUGGGCGACGGCGUACGCGCCCCAGCCCUGCCGCUACCCGCCGCCGCAGCAGCCCUACGCGGCGCAGCCCAGCCCUUACACGCCGCACCAGUAUACGGGUGCGUCGAUGAGCGGCGGGUGCGCGGGCGGCGGCGCGCGGGUGCCCACGGCGGCGUCGCCCGCCAACACGGCGUCGUCGUCGUCGUCCAACACGGGCUCGGGCGGCGGCACGCGGUCCACGUCGCUCAGCACGGCGCCCCCGCCCCCCGCCUCGUCCGCCUCGACCACCGGCAACGUGGGCGAGCAGCUCAGCCGCACCAACCUCUACAUCCGCGGCCUCUCGCAGAACACCACCGACAAGGACUUGGUCCAAAUGUGCCAGAUGUAUGGUAACAUUAUUUCUACAAAAGCAAUACUGGACAAAAACACAAAUAAAUGUAAAGGUUACGGGUUUGUAGAUUUUGAGACGAUCGCAUCAGCGGAGGCUGCAGUAAAAGGAUUACAGGCCAAAGGUGUACAGGCCCAGAUGGCUAAAGUGGGUAUCUGGUUCCUGCGUAGACUGAACCGUCAACAGGAGCAGGACCCCACGAACCUGUACAUGGCGAAUCUGCCGCCGCACUUCAAGGAGAAUGACGUGGACCAGCUGCUGGCCAAGUUCGGCCAAGUCGUGUCCACCAGGAUCCUGCGCGACACCCACGGCCACAGCAAAGGUGUGGGCUUCGCUCGCAUGGAGUCGCGGGAGAAAUGCGAACAGAUCAUCCAGAUGUUUAACGGCAACCCGAUUGCCGGUGCCAAGGAGCCACUGCUGGUGAAGUUUGCUGACGGCGGCAACAAGAAGAAAGCCGUCUACAACAAGCAGGACGGACCCAGGACGUGGAGGGACAACAACGACGCUGUCUCUCAGGCUAUGGGAGUAGGCGGCGUGUACGCGGGCGGCGUCGGCGGCGGCUCCGGCGACUGCACCGGGGUGUACCGCGGCGGCGCCGGCGUGUACGGCGUGGCGGCCUUCCACCACCACCCGCAGCUGCACCACCACCACGCGGCGCACCCCGCCGCCGCCGCCGCCGCCUGGCUGGCGCCCUACGCCGCGCUCAUCCCGCCGGCCCACCCUGCUGCCCACGCCGCGCACCCCGCGCAUAUACCCAUCGACUCUGUACCUAGCCAAUAUGUAAACUGGGACAGCUUAAGGCCGGAAAAUGAGUUAUACUACUUCUCGCACCCGUAUCAGUACUUCGCGGGCCCGACCCCGCCCAUCAUCCAGAUGCCGAUGGAGAGCGAGCACGCGUCGACGGCAGCGUCCCCGGACGAGGCCUACCAGCCAUACCCGCCGCCCAAGUAAACGCCACCAACAAUACUCCGCGCUGUACACGAGCCAAAAAUCAAAGCAACUGUGACUUUUUACAAUGUUAAUUUGUUUUAGUUUUAAUUUGCUACCGUGACAGACUUCAUCGAAAGCUCCUUGUCACCGGGGGGCGGCGGCGGCGUCGCAGUGAAGCCUCCUUAUGUCUUGGACUUAGCUUCACUUUUAAUUUCUGCUCGGGCUCCGAGUGUGCUCCUACCUGCGUGGCCACGACAAACGAUAACGCCGCUCAUUUCAUUCGCUGUGAUGUUUUGAUGAGGUCUUUUGACGGUUCAAGGAGAGGAUUUGAUGUAUAGAUAGAGCUGCAAUUUUAAAUGUGUUUUUACAUUAUAAUUUUAUUAUUGUUUUAUGAAAAUUUAAAUUUAAGAUUCUAGACAGAGGUUGGAUCUUGUUGACAAGAUUAUUUAAGAUAGUUAGGUAUUUAUUUUAUUUUAAUUAUUGUAGUAUAAUUUCUAGUAUGAACUUCAAAAAUUUAAACACGUCCUUGGACGGGCAUUAUUUCGAACAAAUCAGUGUCAUAUUUAAAAUUAAGAAUGUCGCGAAAUUCGUAUAAACUGAUGGAAUUAAAAAUGUUGAAACUGCAUAAACUCAUCAAAAUACGUGCAAUACUAUUAAAUCCAGUAUCUUGUAUAUUAUGAAAUUAUGAAGAUUAUAAUGAGUUAUUUAUUAGAAAUGGAAGUUAAGGAUUUUAACAGGAGUAGGAGGAAAGCAAUAUCUGAGUGGAGGGUAGGGAGAUAGCUAAGUGGAAGCGGUCAUAUCACGUAGGUGAAAUCUAAAAUAUAUUGUAAAUCAAGCGAUAAAAGGAAACCAUUUUAAGAAUAUUUGGAUAUGAGGAUGGAAUAUGCAAGUUACUCAAGAUGUAACAUUAAAUUUUGUUGAAGAUUCAAAAUCUUCCGUGACGCGUAUUUUUAAAAUACAGAAAAAAACAUAUAAUUACAUUUUGUAUUUACACAGCUUAUUACCAGGCAGCUUUAUGUAAACGGUACAUGUUCGAAAAUGUGUUUGGCACAUCAUGGUGCUUAGAGAUUUAUUUAAAAGUGGGACUAUACACACGUACAUAGUAUACAGUAUUAUCUACAUUGUAAUAAUAUACUGAUGCAGUCUUCCAAGGAUCGCAAGUAUGUUUUAAUUGAAGCAUUUAAAAUCAGUUUCUCAUGCCUAUAAUUCGAGGUGAACGUUUCUUAAACUAAAUUUUAAUAGACAAUAGUUUAUCGUAAAACAAACAGUGCCUCCACACCUCGGCCGGACGAGUAUUUCAUAAAAGUCUUAAAAGUGAAUAAUAGGUAUGCAACGAUUCCUUUUCAUGUUUCCAUCUUUCUGUUUUACUUUCUUUUACCGCUGUGAUCGUAAAUCUUCAAACCUUACAACUUUACUCUUCAGUAGAUAAUAAAUAGUUGCCAAAUCAAAACAUAUGACUGAAUCGAUGUAUACCCCUAUAGAAAACUAUACUUACCUACAAUUGUUUUGUUGUCAAUAUAAAUUCCAAGUAUAAAUUGUAACCAGCCCUGUCCUGCAACACUGAGUAGUGCCCGCUUGUAGCUCCGUGACGCGAACACCUGCGCCCGCGCAACUCAUCAACACGGAACUUUAGCAAUAAGCAGUUGUAUUGUAAAAUCUAUCUAUUUAUACAUUUUACGAUUCUAUACAAAUUUUUGUACGUGGAGAACUCAUAUUUUGAAUAUGACGAGGUGAUCCUUUUUUGAGAAUCAUGUACUGAGUCAACAGUAGUCGUGUUAUUAGGGGGCGGUCGGCACAUUCCACUAGAGAACAACUAAUCAAAUUCCAAUUUUUAUUUCCACAUUUUAAAAGCGAAAUCCAAAGUGUAUCGCCGUAUUGGUGACUGUGAACACUUUUUGUACCAUCACGUAGGUUUUGGGUACACUUUAUGACUUUAUAUGAAAUUUGAUAUUUUUAUAUUGAAUAUAUAUAAAUUAUACAUGGAUAUGUAUAUACAUUGUUGAUGGGUACGAGUAAAGCCUACUAUAUCGCAACUGUUUAAUUCUAUUUUGGCACGACAAGAGUUUCAUCAGAACCAAAGUAUACAAAUCAUUAAAAUCGAGUAAGAAGUAGGAAAAUAUUUAUACAACUCAGGGACUGAAGACUAGUUAAAUGUUUGAUAAUAUUAACUGUAAUUAACUGACAUUUAAGUGACCACUCGUUCAUUCAAAACCUGUACCUAAGUACUAAAAAAUACUUACUGAGACUUCGAUAUAAAAAAAGUAAACGAUACAGGAAAAUGAGACUAACGAAUGCAGGUUUUGAACGAAGAGUGGUUGAUUUGAAUUUGUAGUUUUUCUUUUCUUGUUUAACAACUAACGUAGUGUUGCACCGAAGAGUAUUUUUUUUAACUGUUAGCAAACGUUAGCUCAUCGUCAAAAUAUGGUUUGAUAAAGGUUCUAGCGCUCAGUCGUGGCGCUGGUAGGAAGCUGACUGCCUGAGGCACUAUGAGUUAACACACCGGGUUACAUCACACCUAACAAAGGCUAAUGAAAAGUGAGAUUUUUAUUAGUAUCUUUUGAAUUUAAAUCGUAUUGUUCCAUAAUACUCCGUAGAUCAGUAUUAUUAUAAUUUCUGAUCAGGCCAAAUUAACUGAACUGAAUAAUGAACCGCCUUUACUUCUUGUGAAAUCGCAAUGACCACGAAGUGCACUGCAGCGGGCGUGGCGGCGCCUGCGCUUAGAUAAGUAGAUGUUGCGUGUGUUUGUUUAGUGUUCGACUAUGGCUUCCUGUCAAAGCAGUCUUCCGAUAGAUAUUUCCGCUAAUCUUUGCAUUUAAAAUUGAUGUAUCAGGUGUCUACAUAUUUCAGUUUGUAAGUGUCAGGCAAUAAGUAGAGUGUCCUAAUAUUUUCCCCACGAUGCGUGUGCGUCGCUGAUCUCUUUGUGAUUAGAUUGUUGUCCCAUGUAUUACGCGUAAGUGAGAUGGUAGAUUGCCAGUCCCGUUGAAACAUCGGAAGCGUUCAAUCAUUUCGUACUGCAUUACUUUAUCCUUAAUGCUUUCCUUCCAAUUGUAAGCAAUAAUAUUACUUUCAGAGUAGUGCCUUUAGCUUUUAUGAAAAUACAAAAUCAUAAAAUGAAAUAAUAGUCACAUGUUCACUCUAUAUUUGUACAUUGUAAAGGUAUCGUAGCUCGUACCUUUCAGUUAGUAAGAAACGUAGAGAUAACAUAAAGUCGAUAUUUGCAUGGUUUUAUAGCGUCGCUGUUUCGACGCUGCAUUUGGUCGCAUGAAGCUAUGCGGAUGUGUGAAACUGAAAUCGUGUGUAUCACAGAUGUUCCUAGCUCACCACAACAUUCUUAACAUGGCGUGAUAAUUACUAUAAAUUGAGAUUACAGAGAAAAUAUGUAGAUGUCGUUGAGAGACAUGAAAUCAAAAUUGUACGAGCACAAAAGUUUCGUAUAUUGGGGAACCAAUUACUUGAAAACCAAAAGUAAGAUAACUACCAUGUCGAUGAUUAGAAUUGAACUCUUUAACAUAAAAUAUAGCUCGGAUAAGUAAAUGUUUUAAACAUAAGUCACUUAAUUUAAGAGAACGCUUGAUUCGUUUGUGAAAUGGAGACUAGUGGAGCUAAUAGGGCCGUUGACAAAGAAAGGUUAGCUUGUAGGGUUAAUUAGGAUAAGUUAUAGAUAGGUUAGGGAUUAGGAAAAAAAAAUGUUUCGACGCUAAGAUAGAUAGAAUAGAGCCCUAGUUUAAUAUAUUUCCAAUGAGGCGGAGGCGAGCCGGCCGCGGGCUCUGGGGUACUUUCCUUUGUUAGUUUAUUAAAUAAUUUAAUUUGAAUGGACUGAAGCGCGCGCCGGCUCCUCCGCCGCAGUAGCGAGUAAGAAAAUCUAACAGAAAUUACAUUCUUCACGUAAGUUUCCGUUGAACAAGUUUGCUUUCACCUCUUUUGUUAUGUAGUUGACUAAGUGUAAACAAAGAAAACUAAAAAAAAAACAAAAAAUCUGUCGGAAUUCGAUACGAAUGUAUUUGUCCAAUGUGUAUUAAUUUAGUGUGGUGUUCUACCCAGCAGACUAGUCUAGCAGUAGAAUAGUUUAGAUAAUUUUAGUUAGGUAGCCUAGAAAUACGAAAUGCAAAAACAAAAAACAUCAUAAAAUGUAAAAAAAAUGAAAUGAAAUUGUUGGUAAGAAUGAAUAUUUUUAAGGGACAUGUUGCUUCGUUGUGUUAUGAUGUGGAGUUUGGCAUAACUAUGAUAAUAGUGAAAGCAUUUCUCUCAGAGGAACACAUAGAGGAAAGUUAUGUAUCUAUUUUGUUACAAAGUGUUUGCAAGUUUCUAUAUUGUGCUAUGAGCAUUUUUAUGUGACCCGCGUUAUUUAUAGUUAUGCUGGACUAAAAUAAUAUAAAAAUAUAAAACAAAAUGGUACUAAGAGCAUGUUUUAUUGUGACGAGUCAUGUUCCUUUGCAUUGAACAUAUUUUGUAAGAGCAAAUGAUUGAAAUAAAACAAGCGAAACCAAAUCUA